AUGUCCCACCAAUCCCGAACCCGGACCCCGGAUCAAAGCCGCAAGAAGCAAGGCGAGGUGAGGAUUGUCUGCUCAAUGCCGUCCUCCUCGCCUGUCCCACCGGGUCUCUCGAGCGGAUCGUCUUCACCAUCCACCGACUCCGUAAACACCGAGUCCAUCGCUGCUGACUACGGCCCUCCCUAUAGCCCCGAGGUCAUCGACGACGGUAGUAUCAUGGCACCAGUGAUCACCACGAUCGCGGGCCCACCCUCGGCGUCUGCCGAUAGACAUAGCGCUGUAACGGGUGAACGGACAUCGUCGUCGUCAUCAAGAUGGGAAGCAACCGCCGCGCAGCCAGCCACAGAGACAAUAGACAUCCAGUCGCUAACCCUCUCAUCACAAGAACGGGCUUAUGCAUGCUUGUUCUAUAUGCUGGAUUGCCACGACUCAUUCGACGAGGUAGCCGAAUGGAAGAUCCAUGUUCUUAGCCACUUUCGGACACACCCGCCGCCACGGACAGCGCGCUGUCCCAUCUGCCCGAACACCAAAUUCACCGACGGCAUGGACGACGAGACCGACAGUAGAGACAACGAGUCUUCUGCUCCCUCAACCCCGCUCUCGGACAGGGAUGCCAGUGACCCCAGCCACCGCAGGCGCAGCUCAACUCUCCAGGCCUCGAGUCAGGAGCCAGGGCAGUCUUCUGCGUGGGAUCGGUUGCUGGAGCAUGUUGCCUCGGCGCAUUAUCAGCAUGGCCAUACUCUGGCGGGCAGUCGUCCGGACUUCGAGCUCAUGAGGUAUCUGUAUGGCCGCCGCAUUAUCUCCGAUGCGCAGUUCAAGGCAACACAGCUUGCUCCUGCCCCUUCGAGUCCCGCUUAUCAUCGCUCACAGGAUGGGGUGCGUGCCAAUAUUGGCUCGUCCGAUGAGCCCUAUUGUGCGCCGUAUAGCCGCAGGAGAGAAGAAAGGGCAAGAGGGCAGCAAAGGGGGGUCAGUGUUGUGUGA